AUGAAUAAGCUUAAACCUAUAUUUUCUUUUUCAAUUUUUUAGGCAUAUUUUGAAAAUUUAGAGUGGAGAAUUAUAGGAAUAAUUUACAUUAUCAAAGAAGAUAUUACUUAAAGUGCAAAGACGAAUAUGAAAAAUAAUCCCCAAAAAUCCUGUAAACAUAUUUAACAUCAAACUAUUUUAGAAACAUAAAAAUAACAGACUAUUAUUGAAAAUUAACAUUAGAUUUAAGAUGUGAGACUUUAAAUUAACUUCUUAAAUACACUUUUGAUAUUAACUUUAGAAAGGGCUAUAAAAAUUGAUAAUUGUAAGGAUUAAAGAUUUCUUUAGCAAAUCUUGAUAGUCUGGGACCAUAAAUUUUUAAUGAUUUAAUAUUAUACGAACUUUUUCAUUUUUCAAUUGUAUAAUCUCAAUUUUAUAUCGAGCUUAUUUUAGUGA